AAAAUAAUGUAACGAACCAAACAGCCAACAACGAACACAGCUCAACUGAACUGAACUGAACGAAUUGUAUAGAAAAAAUUUUUGCAGUAGAAAUUUCAACCGUUUGCCAGAGCUUCAGCAAAUGAAUAUUUUUCAUACUGUUGUGAAACGUACGUAGUACUAGUACCAUAGAUACUACGAGCUUAACUAAGAAAAAAAAUCUCCGAACGACUGUUAGUUGUCUCGGUGUUAGUGUAAUUGUGAGAGUAGCAAGCAAAAACAACAAACAAUAAAGCAAAUCAUAAUAAACAAAAAUUGAAAAUCCUCUAAAGAAAUUUUAUUUAAGUGUUCAAACGCAAAAAAAAAGUACUUUUUGAGCCUGAAUUUAGAUAAAAAAUUCAGCUAAUAUUAAUACAGAUCUUUAAAUCUUAAAACAAAACUCAAAAAAAAACUCAAUUCAAAAAAAUGGCUGGUGAACGUCCAAAACGUCCUUUGUCCGCAUACAUGUUGUGGUUGAAUGAAAACCGUGAACAACUGAAAAAAGAAAAUCCCGGCAGUAAAGUAACCGAAAUCGCCAAAAGAGGUGGUGAAUUAUGGAGAGCAAUUAAGGACAAAACAGAAUGGGAACAGAAAGCCAUUAAAAUGAAGGAAGAAUACAACAAAGCUGUUAAGGAAUACGAAGCUAAUGGUGGUACUGAUACUGGUGCCGGUAAGAAGCGCAAGAGCAAGGCCACCAAGCCCGUCAAGAAGGCCAAGAAGAAAGAAACCUCCGAAGAAGAGGAGGAAGAGGAGAGCGAUUAAAUUAAUGCAAACAACAACAAAAACACAUGAAAAAAA